CCCACCACUUGUGUUUCACUUGUAUGGCGAAUGGAUAAACAAACAGCCCAAUGGGUGGGAAAACGGCAGUAACGGUGCACACGUCUCCACGGCGGUGACUAACUAACACCAGCGAGUUAACGGGGACCGGCGGAGGGUUUUCCGGUGAACGUGUGCUCUCGGGACACGGAUGCUGUCAGCUCGAAUAGCGAUGGAAAACACAAAGCGACAAUAGUUCGCUUGUCCCUGAACACCUCGGCGGUAGCAGCCGGUGACACAGACCAACCGUUACCGGACCCUUUCUUCUUCUUCGUUUUCUUAUUUUUCUUCUUCUUCUCUCUCUGCUAUAAAAUGACAAGUGGAGAACAUCGAACACCGCGACCGUUAGCUUAGAAUACCGCGGGCUGGUUAUUUUCUUACAUUUUUCUUACAUUUUUAUUCAGUCAGAUUUAUUUCGCUCGUAUUUGUUUUAUUUUUAUAAAUCGAGUUUUAUUGUCUUCGAAAAUGUUGACGGGAUCUAAAACCACGUUCAAAGUGAGACAAAUGCUCCCGGAUAUCAAGGAGAGGAUGCUGAGUCAGAGCGGCGUGACCGCGCGGAGCCGAGACGUGUUCGGGCUGCGCUGCCUCCCAGGCGAGUGUGUGCUUCAGCGAGCUGUGAUGGUGAGGAAGAAGCUGACUGCCAGGGAAGGGAGGGGCUGGGUGUCCGGGACCCUCUUCUGUACCCACUUCAGAGUGGCCUUCGUUCCCCAGGACAGUCCCAGACCUGACGACAAUGCCGACCCGGUGCUUUUAGGAGAUCACGAUGUGGCGUUGGCGUCCAUAGAGAAGGUCGUGGUUGUGGGCCCAAACAGGACCAAGCUGGUGACCCCAAACUCCUCCCUGAAGUUCACUCCGGAGGAGCUGGUGCUUUACUGCAAGGACCUGCAGGUCAUCUGCUUCCUGUUCGACCGCCUCACUCCCGACGCGCAGGUCAUCGAGAUAACCUACACCAUCGCCAAGACCUACCAGCCUCUCAGACCCGGGUCCGUCUUAUCUUUCCAGAACGCCGCCCUGGGGAGUGUCGAAAUGAAGCAGUUUCUAAGCAACCGCCGGCGAAACCCGCACAUGAACUGGUUCGAGUCGGCCUCGGACUGGGAGCGCGAGCUGGAGCGAUGCGGCGCCACCGGCUGGAGGGUCAGCUCGGUCAACGACCGCUUCGAGACGUCCACCAGCCUGCCGAGGUCCAUCGUGGUUCCUCAGAAGCUCUUGGACACGGAGCUGAAGAAGAGCUUCGCCCACUUCAAUGAAGGACGCAUCCCUCGCUGGUGCUGGCGACACCCCCGAGGCAGUGACCUCCUGCGCAUGGCCAGCUUCCAGAACAACAUCUACCACGAGAAAGACGACAUCAGGAACCUGGAGAUGAUCCUGUUCGGCUGCCACUCGUCUCUGUGCGUGGUGGUGGAGCUCGGCGAGGAGCUGCCCUCGCCCGCCGACAUCCAGCUGGCUCACGGCCGCCUGCGCGCCCUCAGUCUGGGAGAUAUCUCCACGUCUGUGUCGGUGCCGGACGACAAAUGGCUAUCGACCCUGGAAAGCACCCGUUGGCUAGACUACACCAGGGCCUGCCUGAGGAAAGCUUCCGAGGUGGCCUGCCUGCUCCGUGGCGGUCACCUGACCGUGGCGCUGCAAGAGGCGGACGACCGGGACAUGGGCUGCGUGGUGUCCAGCCUGGUGCAGCUGAUGUGCGACCCCCACUGCCGGAGCCAGCACGGCUUCCAGAGCCUGGUGCAGAAGGAGUGGGUGACGGCCGGCCACCGCUUCUAUAGCCGCGGCAACUAUCACCGUGACAACGACAAGGAGGAGGCUCCGGUCUUCCUCCUCUUCCUGGACUGCGUGUGGCAGCUCUUGUCCCAGUAUCCGUCUCACUUCCAGCUGACAGGCGACUUCCUGUUGGCGCUGCACGACAGCAUCCACCUGCCACUGUUCUCCAGCUUCUUGGCCAACUGCCAGCGAGAGAGAUGCAGACGCUCCCAGAACCUCGGGCAGUCCUACACACCGGUCAACGGCUGGAGGGACAUGGAGUCCUCCUCGGACCCCUCGGACCCCUCGGACCCCCCCCUGCCCUCGGUGUGGGACUGGUCCCUGCAGUACAGCAAGCACAGGCGGGAGAGCUUCACCCAGCCCGUCCCCCCGACCCCUCCUCUCCAGCCGCUGCUCAACGGAAACCUCAACACCAACCCAGACACACACAGGCUGAGCGACACCGUCCCCGGCUCGGUCUUCCUCCUCUCUCGAGGCGUCUUCUCCUGUCCCGCUAACCUGCUGCCGUGGCGCGGCGGCGGCUGCAGUUCAGGCGUUUACAAGAAGAGCCACCGGAGGGCGCCGUCCUCCGAGAACGUGCCCGGCCUGGAGAGGCUGCUGAAGGCCUGGGCCCUGGCCGAGUUCCCCCAAGGACCCACUUCCACCGCUGGACCUCAAGGGCCGCUCGACCCCUACGAGCCCUUGCUGCCUCUCCUCAUGGGGCCCUGCAUGGGCCUGUGGAAGGAAUGCUACCUCCGGGGGGCGCUGCACGCACAGGCGUUCUCCCACCCCGUGUCGGCGAACCACCCCCACCCGGUGGAGCGGCUGGCCCGCGAGGUGCAGCGGCUCCACGACCAGCUGGCACACGCGGCCACCGGCACGGCGCCGAGGCCGCCCGCCAACACGGCCGACACCAACCUCAACCAAAACGCCAACAACGGCACCUUCCUCUUCCCGGCGGCGGCGCUCAAAUUGGCGCCGCCUCCCGCCUCCACCAACCACCGGACCUCCAGGGGCCCGCCGCCAUCCAGACCCGGCCACAAAGACAACAAGCACACGUUCCUGUUCGGGGCCCCUCCCGGAGCGAAGGCCCGCCCCCCCGACCAGCGCCGUUACCCAGCAGCCAACGGCGCCAAGCUGCCGAAGAGCAACGGGUCGCCGAUCGCGUCCUGAGGUCGGGUCCUCGUCUUCACGCUCUCUGCACAAUAUGAACCCGACGCAGGAGAGGAGGCCGAGUGUUCCUCUCAGAGCGUAUUUUGAUUAAGAAAACAACAACAACAACACCAACACCGGUAUGAAAUAAUCAGUGCGUGAGCUCUCGCCUCUGCACCGUAUUCAAAUACCGCGAGGAUUGUUUUGUAUAUUUGUGAAGAAGCCCUUCGCCGGCGGCGCUCGACACAUCCAAGCAACGCCCGAAACAAAGCUGCAGUUUCCAUUUUUAGAUUCUGACCCGAAAUGGGACACGGCCGGCGUGACGAGGCGGUUCUGACCCGCUCUUUGGAUCUUUAGGUCUUCAUCGCGUGCGACGGAAGUCAUCAGUUCUUCUAACUCCGUUUGGACGGCGAUCGGUUUUUUCCCGCGCUCGUCUCUCCUCGCGGGUCUUCAUGCCGGAGAGAUUUAGAGUUACGCAAUCUCUACUUUCAUUUUUAGCUUCAAGUAUUAUUAUUUUUUACAUUACCAGUUCCGAUUUUUUCCGUCGUACGAAGGGAGAGUUAAUUUGAUCGUCCAUCAUGGGAUUGAAGAACCAUGAGAAGGUACCGCUGGUGGAAGCUCACUUCUUCCUCUUCUUUCAUCCCUCUUUCUUUAGUCCGGAGGUGUGUUAGCAUCUUGUUUUUCCUUCUCAUUUUGAUUUCCCCACUUUAUAAACGUCGUGUUCCCGACGCCGAGCGUCUCCUCACUCGAUGGCACUUUGAAUUAUUAAAUCGCUGUAAAUAUUCAUCGCUUCAAUCUCGAGGCACGUUGACAUCGUCUUCAACGGAGAGAACAAACAACAACACCAGGUCCUCUGUCCUGUCGAACAUCUCAUUUGAUCUCCAGUCUGUCGUGUAAUUUAAUGUUUUUCUUUCUUGGUACGAGCACAACUUCAAAUGUUGCCAGAUGUAAAUAUUUUUUUUGUAUCCGCAUGUUUUGAUCCUGAUGAAUAAAAGAAGUUACCGGUUAA